UGCUUUCUAGGACGGCACUGGCUAACCAAUUUUCCACAGAGUCAUCUAUUGUGUGAGACAUGUCGAGCUCUCAAUGCUUGGAGAAUCCACCAACCCUGAACCCAAACUAUGGGGUCGGUACAGUUAAGGAACUGGGUGGCCUCAAGACUUAUGUCACUGGUCCUCCUGAUUCCAAGCUUUCCAUCCUUCUAGCUAACGACGCUUUUGGGUUUGAAGCACCAAAUUUAAGGAAGCUUGCAGACAAAGUUGCAGCAGCUGGAUUCCUUGUAGUGGUUCCUGAUUUUCUCUAUGGAGAUCCGGCUGAACCAAGUAAUCCUCAAUUUGAUCUAGACACCUGGAUGAAAAAUCAUGACACAGUUAAAGGAUGUGAAGAUGCCAAAAAAGUCAUUGCUGCACUUAAAAGCAGAGGCAUUUCUGCAAUAGGGGCUGCAGGUUUUUGCUGGGGCGGAAUGGUGGUAGUGAAACUAGCGAGUUGUGAUGAUAUUCAGGCUGCAGUGAUAUUGCAUCCUGGUCCGAUUACAGUUGAUGAAAUCAAAGCUGUUAACGUUCCAACUGCUAUAUUGGGUGCUGAAUUUGAUAGUAUUUACUCAGCUGAAAAACUGAAACAGUUAGGAGAAAUUUUAGCAACAAAAGACGAGAUUCAGAGUUAUGUAAAGAUAUUCCCUGGUGUUGCUCAUGGAUGGACAAUGAAGUAUAAUGAUGAGGAUGAUUCAGCUGUCAAGAUUGCUGAAGAAGCUCAUUUAGACAUGUUGAAUUGGUUCACUAAGCAUGUCAAAUGAGAAUAUGGGUUUCUAUAUAUGAAGAUUGAGAAUUUUGAGUUUGGAAGGCCAGGCAUUGAAUUGGUAUAAGAGAACUGGUUUAAUAAUAUGCCUUCAAUCACUAGACCAAGUCAGGUUAAACAAUAAUAAAAUGUCUUUUGGACUAAUAUCACCAUGUAUUAACCUUCUCAUACAUGAAUAAAGAUGUGCUCUUUUUCCAUUUACACUGAUACAAGGAAAGGAAAUAUAGAGUUCAAAGUGA